AUGCCUCGAAAGUGGAUCGACAAGAAGUCGGCGCAGCACUUCACCCUCGUCCACCGGCCGCAAAAUGACCCGCUCAUCCACGACGAAAAUGCGCCUUCCAUGGUGCUCAACCCUACUCAGACCAAGAAGGGUUCCUCAAAGUCGAAAGAUCUAGACGAUUUGGCCUCCGAGCUGGGCUACGAGGCCGAGAACAUCCGCGCAAACGAAGGCGAGGCUGCCAGCUAUGGCGUCUACUACGAUGAUACCGAGUAUGAUUACAUGCAGCAUCUGCGCGAUCUCAACACUGGAGGAGGUGAGGUUGUGUUUGUCGAAUCAACUGCGACAGCCAACAAGGGCAAGGGAAAGCAGAAGCAGUCGCUUGAGGAUGCGCUCAAGAAGCUGGAUAUUGAUCAAGAGGCCGGCGAUAUUCUCGAUGAGGACAUUCUGCCUUCAAAGAACCUCACUAGGGUCACAUAUGAGGCCCAGCAAGAUAUCCCAGACUCCAUCAAGGGCUUCCAGCCGGAUAUGGACCCACGGCUACGAGAGGUUCUCGAGGCUCUGGACGACGACGCUUAUGUGGAUGAAGAGGAUGACGACCUUUUCCAGCAGCUCGCCAAGGAUGGACGAGAACUAGACGACUACGAGUUUGAGGAUACACAGUUUGAUGAGGACGAUGGUUGGGAGUCGGAUGCCACGGCAAAGCCCAACAAGGAGUACAAAAACGAUGAGGUGCCCCAGCUUGUCAAGGCGCCAGCAGAGCACCCGGAAGAGGGCCCUUCGCAGGACUGGCUUGAAGAUUUCAAGCAGUUCAAGAAGGAGCAGAAGAGCGGCCGCGCACCAGCGGCGCCGUCUGAGAUGCAGUCCAACUGGACCACCACAACAAACGGUGGCCGACGCAAGAAGAGAAAGGGUGCCCUGACCGAUGCGUCAAGCUACUCCAUGACAUCUUCGUCGUUGGUGCGAACUGAGCAAAUGACAUUGCUUGAUGCCAGGUUCGACAAGAUUGAGGAGCGGUACAACGAGGACCUUGACGACGACAUGCAGUCCAUGUCGGCCGUGUCUACCAUGUCCACCGUCCAGGGCCCAAUCCGCGGCGACUUUGAUAACAUCAUGGACGACUUCCUUGGAAAUUUCACCAAGCCAGGAAAGAGAACAUCAAAGAAGACCAAGGCCCAGACAGGGCUCGAACAGCUGGAUGAGAUUCGAAAGGGGCUGGGUCCUGCUCGGAUUCGAGGCGACUCGAACCGGUCCAAGCGAAACAAGCGAUCCUCGCGACCUGCCGACAAGAGCGACAACGAGGGCAAGCGAAAGUCGAACAAAGACGCCAACAUGAGCGACAGCGGGAAGCAGAAGAAGUGGAAGGGGGAGGAGCGGAAGAGAAAGAACGGCGACAUAAAGAAGGCCUUUGAAGGUGUCAAACCCCCCAAGAAGGCGCCCAAGGACGCGCAGGCCAACGGAUUCAAUCCCUUCACGUCGACGCGUGAUAACGAAUCGCGACCAACCUCGUCCUCGAGUGCCGAAUCGCAAACUGACGGAAUCCCGAAAGCGUACCACUCGAACGAUCCGCAGGCUAGAAAGGUUUACGAGCAGCUUCGAAAAGAUAAUAUCUUUCCUCCGCCGUGGCCGUCGCAGCCCGGUGACCCCAAGAACAAGGGCGAGGUCUCCAAGUUUCGCGAAAAGUACGAGGCCUACCGCCGCAAGGCGCGCGCGUCGUUGACAAAGGCUGGCCUGAUCGACGAUCCGGACAAGCGAAAGACUCUUCAAGAUGCCAUUGACUUCAAGGGUAUUUGCGAGGACAUGUGCCCCGAGUACGAAAAGAUCCAGCGCAUCAACGAAAUGGACGUCCACCAACCUGAAAAGAACCCGAGGACGACAUUUCCCAACACCCGUCGCAUGGUCAAGAAGCUCGCGCGCUCAGCUGCCGGUCAAGAAGCCCCUCUUCCUAUGGACGUGCGAUCGGUGCCGGCUCUCCGGAGGACGUUGGACUACCUAAUUGACGAACUGCUGCGAAACGACGACAACCUACCAAGCUUGCACGGCUUUCUCUGGGAUCGUACACGAGCAAUUCGCCGAGACUUUACCUUUUUCUCAUCGCUCAAUCCCGAAGAGAUGAAAACACAGGUCUAUGUACUGGAGAACAUUGCGCGAUUCCACGUCACAGCACUCCACCUCCUCUCCCAGGAAGGCAAUGCACCAGAAGACUUUGUCGAGCAGCAGGAACUUGAGCAACUUGGAAAAGCUCUUCUUUCCCUCCGCGACGCAUAUGACGACUGUAACGACCAGGGCAUCCGGUGCGAGAACGAACCCGAGUUCCGAGCUUACUACCUUAUUUUCCACGCCUUUGAUUCGAACAUUAUUGAGACGCUACAGCGACAAUGGAAGCCGAACCUGUGGAAAGACUCUGACGCGGUUCGAACGGCAGCCUCACUCGUCGAGGCUCUUCAAAAUACCCAAGACUUUCACGGACCGAUCAAGGACGCACCUUCAAUGGCCGCCUCUGCAGCAUACCAUUCGUAUUUCCGGAUAGUCGAAGACCCUAAGGUUUCAUACACCAUGGCUUGUUUCGCAGAGAUCCAUUUCCCCCCGCUUCGUCGCUCCAUCUUGACGACGAUCAAAAAAUCACUAGCCCGGCCUCGAGAGACAGCCAAGGACGUCACAGCCGCCGUCCUCAACAAGUUCCUUCGGUUCGACACUAUAGACGAAGCAAUUGACUUUGCAGAGCUUCACGAGUUCGAAUUUGGCGAAUGCGAAGACGACCCGUCGGAUAUCGCCCGCAAAUAUCUCAAACUGGACAACCGCAAACGUCUCCCUCACCACCGUUAUCAACACCAGUUCUCUGAGAGUUUGGUAGAGAAGAAACGCGGCUCCAGGCCUCUACCAGACCUUAUUCAUCAGACAAUACACGAAGAUCCUAAUGCCCCGAAGCCAACGACUAAUGGAGAUGGCGAGGGGAGUCUCUUUGUCACGGAUGAACCGGAGCCAGCGGCACAGCCACAGCCUGUUGAACCAUCAAAACCUAACAGUACGACAACAAACCCCUUCUCCUCUUUCAAGCCGAAUGGAGUUUUGGGUAGCAACAAUGCUGUUAACGGCAACUCAGGGACUUUACUCAACGGGAACGCUUCAGCCUCUGCCUCCCCCUUUCAGCAGUCAACGCCUCAGCAGAACCCCUUUGCUCCGACACCAGCACCGGCAGCAGAGCCUGCGAAGCCAGCUGUCAAUCCAUUUGCAACAGCUACUACCUCGACUCUGCCGUCGUUCUUAAUCAGCACCCCUGGCAGUACAACACCCAGCUCCCAGGAGCCAGCUGCUGCUACAACAACAGCUACGGCUACGUCAAAUCCGUUUGCUCCGUCUACUACACCAUCGGCUUCGACUGGUCCCGCCCAGAGCAGCCCAUUUGCCUGGCCGCCUACGUCUGAAUCCCAAACGCCUAAAGCUCCUAGCUUUCCCUCUUUCACACCCCAACCUACUGUACCAUCAAAUGAUGCUCCAACACCUCCGAGCAAGGUGGACAAGCCUGCGAGCCUGCUGCCUCAAGCUCCAGCAACUCCUGCAGUUGAACCAGCAAAGAAGAUCGAUAACAAUGCAGUUCCUCCAUCCUCUGGGCCAACCGUUGACGCUUUUCGGCAUCUGAAGCCUACUCCACCUCCGUUGGGCAGCGUGGCUAAACCGAUCAGUGGGCUUGGCAUUGGAACACCACUGCCCUCAGCCGACAAGCAGGACAACCCAGCACCAAGUGUUCUCAGCUCCAGUCCGGCUGUUACAUCAACGCCUCAACUGUCGUUUCCUGCCUUUUCGACCCCAUCCUAUCAGCCUUCACCACUAGGCAUCACUCCUCCUCAGCCUGCUACUACUUCACCUCCCAAACCAACAAUCCAGACACCACAACCGCCAACUCUUCCGCCAGCCCCUCCAGCUCCACCACAACCGCCUCGUGAUCUCAUCGGAGACUUCACGAAGUGGUACGUGCUUGGCGAUGAAGGCAUGCUUGGAGACUUCCAAGCCUUUAUGCUGGACAACAUCCUGCAGGGCGUAUACCGGAAGUUUGUGAAGGACAAAGAAAGGAAACGACAGAAGGAAGAAGAAGAACAGGCACUUGCCAAAGCAACCGAGUUCCGCAGAUACACCCUUUCAGUCAGAUACUUCUACCGCUGGAGGGACACGGCACGCGAGCUACGACUUAGCCAGCUUCGUCGCAGCGGUCGAGAGCAAAUGAGAGUGUACUACGAAGCUCAGCGAGCAGCACAAGUCAAGGCUCAAAAGGCUGAGGCUCGACGAGCAGCACGAGAAAAGGCUGAGCUUGCGGAGCUGAACCGGCACCGCCCGGAAGAGCUCAUGGAUCUUCUCAAGCACAAGAAGCCAGGCAAACGUCGACAGUCAGAGGAGGAUGCUCUCCUCGCUAGCGGUGUGUUGUCAGGAGUUGGCAACGAGCGAGAGGUCAUCGCACAGAUUGUACAUGGACCACCAUCUGUGAACGGCACAGUGUCUAGUCAACAGUCGAGGCUUUCCAGGGCAUCUACCACUAAGGGCGGAUCCAAGACGCGAGCUCUACGAGAGCAGCUCCUUGGGGAUAGGUCCUCCACCUUCCGACGCUCGCUACCUCCGUCGAUGUCAGGGAACGGAUCAAGCCCUGAGCCAAGCAGCCGUGUCAGCAAAGUAUCAGAACGCUGGCGGCUCAAGGCCAUGGGCAUCGUUCAGAUGCCAGACGGCACAGCCAUGCCAGAGUCACUGGCAAACGAGAUUCAGUACGGCAAGAAAAGACACUCGGGAACCGGUACCAUGGGGCCGCCUAGUAGCAGCUUCAUCCGUCGAGCCUCGGUGAGCGACCUCGCCCGUUCCGAAGGGGGACAUCGCCUAUCCAGCUCGCACGGAGCCAUCGACACGACCGAGUUUGACGGCACAGCCGCUAAUAACAAACGGAAGCGUGCCGCAGAGGAUGAUGACGACACACCUCAACAAGGGGCUUCCAACACGCACAAGCGCGUCAUGAGCGACGCGCAGAAGCUGAUCAGCGAACUUCGCGCUAUGAGGGCGGAGAUGGAAGAAGGGGCUUCCUGGUUCCACGAUCAAAACGAGAGAUUACAGAGCGAGAUGAUUAGCCGCGGCUCGACGCCGUGGGAUCAAGGUUCAUGA